CUGAAUAUGAUCAAAUUCAAAUCCAUAUUCACAUUCACUAGUCAUCAAUAAAGCAGCUUUUUUCUUUUCUGUUCUUUUUUUCGUCCAUCUUUAAUAAACCAACGUGAAGAGAACUCUCCCCUUUUUCUCUUUCCCUUUCCCAUUUCUAAGAUUCCAAAGACAACCUAACUAAGUGACUAACCAACUUCCCUAAUUCCCCCUUUUUUCCCUCGGGCCAUACCCGGCCUUUACCCCCUCCAUCUCCUCUCUUUCUCAAUUUCUCUAUAUUAUCUCCCAUUCCUCAAACUCUUCAAUUACAAUAAUAUCGUUCUCUCCCUUCUGAUCAAUCAAUACUUGAUCAUCAUCACCAUCAUCAUCGUCAUUUUUUCUUUUCUUCAAACAAUAACCCACAAACACGUAUAACUACCCUUAACAACAAAAUGCCGUCAAUGCAUUCUAGCCCAUUCUACCAAAUGGAAAACCCAGCUAUUAUAUCUCUCCUCCGACACGCUCAAGGCAGCGGAGGAGGAGGAGGAGGUGGUAAUGACGGCGGUGGCGGCGGCGGCAAUGGUGGCGAUAAAAAAACCAAGCGUCCCUCAUCCAAAUCCGCGAGUAUAACCGGAGGGCUCUUCCGGAUGUUCAAGCUAUUUCCAAUGCUUACGUCGGGCUGUAAGAUGGUGGCUCUGCUAGGCAGGCCUAGAAGACCAAUGUUAAAGGACAACGCGACGACUGGGACGAUUUUUGGUUACCGAAAAGGUCGAGUGAGCCUGGCUAUACAGGAGGACCCUCACUGCAUGCCGGUGUUCGUGAUCGAGCUCCCCAUGCAGACCAGCGCUUUCCACAAGGAAAUGCAAGCAGACGACAUAAUCCGAAUCGCCUUAGAGAGUGAGACCAAGACGCACAAGAAGAAGCUCUUCGAGGAAUACGUGUGGGCCGUCUACUGCAACGGUAGAAAGAUGGGUUACUCCAUUCGGAGGAUGCACAUGUCCGAUGACGAGCUCCACGUGAUGCAGACACUGCGAGGGGUUUCCAUGGGCGCCGGGGUUCUUCCCUCUCCUUACGAUCAAAAAGAGUCCCCCGCCGCCGCCUCCUCCGACGGAGAGUUAACAUACAUGCGAGCCAGAUUCGAGAGAGUCGUCGGAUCUAAGGAUUCCGAGGCUUUGUACAUGAUCAACCCCGAUAGUUCGGCGGGGCCCGAGUUGAGUAUUUUCUUUGUAAGGUCUCACUGAGCAAUAUUUACUAGUUUAUCUAAAGUUAUCAGAUAAAGAGAAAACUUACAAGAUGAUAAUACAUGAAUAGAUUUAUUGAAUUGAGUAAAGAUUCGAUGAUCGUGAUCAUGAAUAUAUAUAUUUGAUUGUUUUUUUAGGUUAGUUUUAUGUAAAUUUGACUAAUAUUAAGAGAGUUUUAGUAUAUGUUACAUCGGUUUAUUUAUGGUCAUUAAUCGUCGAAAUUGAUCUUAAUUGGUUAAUUACAUGCUUAUGAGUAAAAGCUAUGCAUGGAUGCUAAUUCAUUUUUCCUGAUGGAUAUGAAGUUGGUACACACUUUCGAUCGAUCGACAUAUGUAUAUAUGUAAUUGGUUAAGGGAAUAUAUUGUUUUAGUUCA